AUGAGUGUUGCGUAUUCAGCGUUUGCCUUCCUGCUCCAGGACGGCCAGCCGGCAGAGGUGUGCCGCAUCCACGAGAGUGAGGAGACGGUGUUCUUGGAAGGGCUGACAGAGGUGGAAGUGACGUCCGCCCAGAGCCUGCUGCAGCUCUACAGACGGGGCACUGCCAACAGACACACGGGAGUGUUGAAGGGUGAGUUUGCCAGUAAGAGCCAUACAAUAUUCAAUAUCAUCGUCAUCAACACACCAGUCAAUGAAAAUGAUACCCAUAAAGGAACAAUGACAGCCAGCAAGCUUACACUGGUUGAUCUUGCUAGCUCAGGCAGAGUGCCCACAAGUGGAGUUAUAAGUGAUGGAAAAAGAUCUUUCCAGGCAGCACAUCCAAACCCCCAAGAAGUCAAGAUGCUCAAGCGAUCACUAACAAUAUUUGGAAAUGUCAUUUUUGCCCUGAGCAGUGCAGGUUGCCAACAUAUACCUUACAGAGAGUCCAAACUAACCAGGAUUCUGCGGGACUGUCUGGGAGGGAACUGCCUGACCUCUCUGAUCGUGACAGUGUCCCCUAACCUGUCGUCCGUCACGGAGACACUGAGCAGUCUGCAGUUUGCCAGCCGGGCCAUGGCAGUGCCCAGUCGGGCUGUCAGGGGCUCCCAGCUCCACUGCGGUGCGGCCCAGGUGCUUCAGAACACCAGUACCAAAGUGACUGAAAAACCCCAAAGCAGCCACAGCAGACAGCGGGCCGAGCUGCCGUGUGUCAGUGACAAGAAGGGCCUGCAGGCCCAGAUGUGUCUGCCCCCCAUCCUCUCCAGCCCAGCUCCUCCGUCGUGGCUGAGCCACAGGAAGCAGGAAGGCCUGUCCCGGCGGGAGGGCUCUGCGGGCGCCCCCGAGCAGAAGGCCUUCCUGCCUCACCUGGAGGGGACAGGCGAGGGGAGCCCCCAGUCCGCGAGGCCGCUGAAGAGCAGGCCUGGGGAAGAGAGGGGGGGGAGGGGCCCGUGGUCUCGCUCCAGCAGCACGACCGGACCCCCAGCCCCAGAGCCCCCCAGAGACAAGCCUCCUCGAGGUGAGCCGCACUCCCCCUGUAUCUCCGCAGACAGGCUACCGGCUGAUGUCUUCAAGGCCCAUGAGUGCCCCCAUUGCAAGAAGGAGNGGAAGAUCAGGGAGGAGUAUGACAAGUACGUUGUGCAGGUCAGGGGAGACAAGGACGCCCUGCUGCAGCGGAUCUCUGAGCUGGAUGCUGAGCUCCGCAGGUGUAGAGAAGAGCAAGAGGCCACCACUGCCCUGCGCAGGGAAGAGGAAGUGGGCAGGAGAGGAACGCGCAGGCUGCAUGGAGAGGCGGAAAGGCAGGGGAACACGAUGGGCAGCGGAACAGAGCUGCUCCACUUGGAAAACGAAAUCAAGCAAAAGCAGCAGGAAAUUUUACAAGGACUUCCAACCAGCCAAAUCCAUCUUCUGUCUGGCGUCCAGGACCUCUUGUCGACCGAGAUGGGGGGGCUGAAGGCACAGCUGGAGAAGACGAGGGGGAAUGAGAGAGCACUGGCUCUCAGGCUCCACACAGAGCAGAGCAGGGCCGCACAAGAAACAGACGAGCUCCGUGCCCAGCUGGAGAGACACAGGGAGAGAGAGAAGCAGCAGGUCAGGACUCUGCAAAGCCAGAAGGAGUGCAUAUUUUUGGAGUUGCAAGACACAAGGGCAGAACUCGAGAAUUUCAGGGAGAGAGUCACCAUAACGUUGGCUGAACUGAAAAAAGAAAAGGAUGGACUAUUAAUAGAAAUAGAAGAAACAAAAAACUACAAUGAAAAGGUAAAAGCAGAAAAUGCUUCCCUCGUGGAGAAGCUGGAAGUUGUUCAGCUGCAGCUCAGCUCCAGAGCCUUUCCUGGUUACUGCAUUCCCCCUCACGUCCACACAGUCACCACUAACACUGAGAUGAUGGUGUCCCAUCACAUGUCCCAGCAGGGUGCUGUUGGGAUUACAUCAGAGAGCAAGUGCAGUUUUAACAGUUGCAGCGGAUUUCAGAGUAGCACCUUCACCCAUCCCACCAUGCCUUCAGCAGCCUUCUCAGUGGAUGAAGAUGAUCUCUUAAAAAAGGACAUCUACAAACAGUUAAAAAGAGAACGUAACCUUCUUCUGGAUGUGAUGGUGAUAAUGUACACACGGAGAUGGUUUGUGGAUGAUGCUAUGCCUCAUGUCAGGAGGGCUUUAAAAAAAUGUGGAAUGAGAUUGGAAGAGGCUGAUUGAAUUGGACAGCCAUGUGUCUGGCAGUGCAUGGAAUCCUAUUUCAACAUUAUUGAGACCCUGCAGGCUACAUGAGGCUUGAUUAAAUUGAUACUGAUGCAAUAAAUAGAGUACCACAGAAAAGUGGAGGCACAGGAAUUACAUUGGCACGGGGUUAGAAAUGUAUCUUCUGUCAUUAUUUUAAAAUAUUUUCUAAACAUCUAGAUGUACAUCUAUAUAAAUAAGCAUUGGUACUUUCAAUAUUUUUGUAAGGUAAUGUGUAUGUCCUGUGUUCAUGUGUACGUUGAGUGGCAGACAUUUUUUGUUUCUUCCAGAGUGACAUGCACAGCCUGAAAAUCCACAAUUGUGUACACUGUAAU